UAGUGAACAUACCUUAGUCGCGUACGAGCGCGCUUUAUGAACGCAUCAUGUUAUGUCAAAAAUUGGCGCCAAAUUACGUUAAUUUAAAUUGCGCGAAAAAGAGAAUUCGUUUUUUUUAAUUUUUAACAGACAAUGGAAAUUGUGUUUUAAUUUUUUUUUUGUGUUUACGUAAUAAGUUUUUACGAUGAAGUUUUUAUUGUUUUCGAUUUUAAUAUUCUGUGCGGUGAAAUGCGAUGAUGGAAGCAAUAACUACUACGUCGUCGAAGUUCUCGAAGAUGAAAUAAACAGGGACUUCAGAAAACCUUUCCGUGUUUACUGGAACGUGCCAACAGUUCAGUGCAAAUCGAAGAAAAUAUUGUUCGACAAUUUGUAUGAAAAAUAUGGCAUCAUUCAGAAUGAUGACGACAGCUUCAAUGGCGAGCAAAUCACGAUCAUGUACGAACCGGGUCUGUUUCCGGCUAUAUUCAAGAAUGAAACCAGUGGGAAAUACCGGUUUAGGAACGGUGGUGUCCCCCAGGAAGGGAAUUUGGAAGAGCAUUUGAAGGCAUUUCGAGCGGAUAUGGAGGAAAUUGUACCUAACCCGGACUUUAGUGGCAUUGGAAUCAUAGAUUUCGAAUCAUGGCGGCCAAUCUUUCGGCAGAACUUCGGUACUCUAGUUCCAUACAAGGAUGUUUCCUAUGAAAUUGAGAAGAAAUUGCAUUGGUGGUGGCCCAAGAGUUGGAUUAACACAGAGGCGAAGCAACGCUUCGAAGCAUCUGCUAGAACAUUUAUGCAGACGACGUUAUCUAUUGCGAAGCAAAUGCGUCCUAAAGCGCUUUGGGGAUACUACGGGUUCCCACACUGCUUUAACAUGGCGGGGCAGAAUUUAAAGGAGGAUUGUGCUCCGAAUGUUUUAGCUGAAAACGAUAUAACUUACUGGAUGUGGUCUGAGAGCACAGCGCUGUAUCCGUCGGUGUAUAGUUCAAGGAAUCUUUCUUCAGACCAGUUAGGGUCACUCGUUCGAGGUCGGAUCAGAGAAGCCAAUCGAGUUAGACGAUACGAGACACCAAUACUGCCUUACUAUUGGUUUAGAUAUCGUGAGGAUGGAUAUAUGACAGAAGAAGACCUAAACGUUGUUCUCAAGUCUUUUUACAAAUCAAAUGCAUCCGGAUUCAUCAUAUGGGGUAGUUCGAACGACGUGAAUACAGUUAGCAAAUGCAAUAAUCUGUAUUCUUACGUCGAAAAAGUUUUGGGACCUACUAUAGCUAAAUACAUUAAAAAAAUAAACAUAGCCAAUGACGUUAUCAUCGAAACACCGCCUGAACUUAAUUUCAUUAAUGACACUGUCACCGGUGAUAUAAAUAUGACGAAUAAAACAAGUGUUGUCGAAUCACCCGAGAAUAGCACCAAUGGCUUUGUCAGAAAAGGAGAAAUAGACCCAGAGUAUGAUUGGAUACCACCAGAGAAUUACUCUCAAGAUAUUUCACAAAACGUUGAAAAAGAAUUACAAAAGAAAGGUUUUAAUAAAACAGAAGAUAUAAAUGAAAUGAAGACGUUAAACGACAGUGCUGUUGUUGAUAUGAUAUUUGAUGCUUUGAUAAAAGCUGAUAAUUAUAAUGAAAGUGAAAAUGGCAAACAGACAACCAGAAAUAUCGUGAACGAAACAAUCUUUUCAAAUAAUAACAAUAGCUUAGAAAUAACCGAAGCGCCCAUUAUUAAGGAUACUGAUUCCUUGAAUUCUUUAAUCACAAAAGAUCCAUUAGGUUUUAUAGAACAUCUUGCGAUAGAAGAGGCAAAAAAUGAGUAUUUUGAUGAAACAAUAAAUAUAGACGAAUAUAAAGAUGAAGAUGAAGAAACUAGAUUAAAAGAUUCUUCCAUUGACAAUAUCUUACCCUUUGAAGAUAAACAAAGACCAUUUUUGACUCCUGCUACAGAUAAUUUAUUUAAUAAAGAUGUAAUAGUUGAUGUUGCGAGUGACACUGCAACAUCAAUAAGUGAUACAACCUUGAAAGUUCCUUCUAAUAUUGAAGAAAAUAAUGUGAAAUCUAAAAAUGAAAAUAUCUUUAUAAAUAUAUUAGAUUUUUUGUUAAAUGGAAAUUCUAAUUCAGAAAAUGAAAAUGGAAAACAAUAUAUAAAAAGUGAACAUAAUAAAAUGAAAAAACCUACUGCAGAUUCCAAGUCAUCAGUAAAAGAAUUAUCAAAAGAUGAUGACUCUGAAAAUUUAGAUACCAAUUUUUCCAUUGAAAGCGUCACAAACAAUAAUGAAUUUGUGAACAACAAUACUGAAAGCUAUACAGAAAUCUUAAAAACAAAUGAAGAAGAAUCUCAAGGAAUUAUAUUUGAAAUAGAUCAGACCACCGAAAUUUAUUUGCCUUACGAUAAAGAAAAUAAUCAAUCUAGACAUUUAUCAACAACAGAAGAAAGUAACGAAGAUUUAAUAGCCUUCAACGAAGAAUUCGCCGACGUUUUGAUGGAAAAUACAACUGAUUUACAUUUUGAAUCAUCCACACAAUACGACGAAAAAAUAGAAACGAAUAAUAAUGAGAACAAUUCAUUUUUAUUAGCAGUUAAUCUCUCGUCUUCCACGAAUACAAUUCUUUCUACUGAUAAAAAUAUUAAUACAAAUGUAUACACAACGGAAGAUUCUAAUACGAGUGAAAGUGUUGCAGUGACAGAAAGUGAAGACAAUGAAUUCAUUACAAUUGAAAACAAAGAUGAACUAUUAUAUGAAGAUAAAAACGAAUCCUUAUUUACAACAGACGCUGCAGCUGAUCAGGUGAGUGUAUCAUCCAGCUUCGCUUUGGGGUCCAACUCGAAUUCCAUGUAUUUCUAUAUCUAUUCUACUUUCAUAUUUUUUAAUAAUAUAUUUAUCAACAAUAUAUCUUAAUACAUCCAGUUCAACUGCAUUUAAUAUUUAUUCUUUUUCAUUAUUUUCUUCAAAAAGAGUCAUUGAAGAUUCUAUAAGUAUCUGCGGUCAGAUUUAUAUGUAUGUAUAUUUGAAUACUGAUGUUGAUUAGAGUUUAACAGUAUUUUAGCUAAAGUGAAACUAUAAUUUACUUUAUGUUGCAAGACUUACAAGAGGGUCUUGACCUUUUUGAAUAACAAUGUUUUAUAUAAUCGACUAUCACAACCAAUAAUAUUUUCAAUUUUAAUGACGAACUAUGAGGAGUAUUUGCUUAUUAUUCUAAAAUAUUCAAAUGUUGUAGAAUAAUCUUAUCCUAGAUUAGGUUACUGGGUGCUUUGUAUAUCUGUAACAGUAGCUCAUAUUCUGUUGUACAAAUCAUCUUAACUAAUAUAAUUUGACAGGAAAAAAGUAUCUUUCUAACGAUAUCAACCUUGAUAAAGGUUUUAACCUAAAGCGCCCUUUUGAGAAUAUCUUAUAAUAAGUAUAUUUUAUUUUUAAUACAUGUCUUUGGUAAAAGGAUAACAUUUUGCGUGUAAGCACAUUUAAGUCUAAGUCAGAAAUUAUCCUCCUUAAGUUGGAACAUUUAUUUAUCUACCUAUUCACUUAUCUAUCUAUCGAUAAAUUUACAAAAGAAGUCUCUUCGUGCUAAAUUAUCGUGGAUGGGCGCGCCUUCGUGACUAAAUAGAUACGCCUUCACUGAAAAACCUCGUAUGAU